AUGGCAUCACGGGCAAAGGCUAAACCACCAAAGAAGCGCCAACAGCGCGCGACAUCGAACAUCUUCGCCAUGUUCGAUCAAUCACAAAUUCAGGAAUACAAAGAAGCUUUCAAUAUCAUCGAUCAUGAUCGGGAUGGCUUUAUUAGUGGUGAUGAUCUCAAAGAUAUGUUUGCUUCGUUAGGAAAAGUUGUUAGUGAUGUUGAGGUCGAUGCGAUGAUUCGUGAAGCACCAGGUGAUAUUAAUUUCACGAUGUUUUUAACAUUAUUCGGAGAGAAAUUAACGGGUACCGAUCCUGAAGAUGUGAUCAAGAACGCAUUUACAUCGUUGGACGAAGAUGGUUCGGGUAAAAUCUCGGAAGAACGUUUACGCGAAUUGUUGAUGACGAUCGGUGAUCGGUAUAGUGAUGAAGAAGUCGAUGAAUUGUUUAAAGAAGCACCAAUACGUGAUGGUUUAUUUGAUUAUCAGGAAUUUGUAAAAAUUCUUAAAUAUGGUCGAAAAGAUCAAGAUUAA